GAGAGAGACGCGACAGCAUAUCUCAAGAAACACAAGAUUGUUGAGCUCAUGGACAACAUGACCAGCAUGCUCCUGUUUUACAGACCCGGUUAGAGUUCAUUUCCUCCUCAAUCAUGGAAUGUCCGUCUCUCGUGAGCUUCAUUAGCACCAUUUCUUUUCCACAGCUGCUGAUUUACGAGAAUCCCAAGGAGUUUCUCAUUGAGCAGCUGGAUCUGCUGAAGGUUUCCCGGGAAAGUGGGAUAAGAGGGCCAAAUCUGUUUGACAACUCCAACCUGACUGCCGUCUGCGGUAUAAUGGAUCCCGCUAACCAGAAGUAUAUCAGUUUUGCACAGUACAAGCAGGCUCUGACCAUGCUUGGCAUAAAGGACAUCAACAUAAACCCUGAGGGCAGAGCGAAAGACAAAAUAUCCCACGAAACAUUUAAAACCGAAGCGAUGGAAGUUCUGAAGAGAGACUCGGCAACAUAUGCAAAGUACUGAAAGUCUUUUUUCUCCUUCCUCUGCAACGGCUGUUAUUUUAUUUCAUGUUAUUUAUGGUUGUAGAGAUAUUAUUUGUUUGCUUCAGGUAGCAAACAUAUGAAGUUGCUAAGCCUGUGGAAGAUGCAGAAGUUGCCUGAUGAAUUGUGCUCAUUCUGAUUCAAUUUUUAUGUUCUUUCAUAUUGUACAUUUUAAUAAAUAUACUAGUAUCCA